UGUACUAUCAUAAUGCCCAAUUUGAUUUUGUGGACGGAAGGUCAAUGAAAUGGGAAACAUGUUCCUCCAAAACUAAAAUGCAGCGCAUACGCAUAAUUCACGCCUUUGCUUCAGUGCUCUAAGGCGCAUAAAUCAAACCCAGAAACAACCACGCCUUUUAACCCCCCUGUUAAGCCAAUCUUGGCCAACAGAACGACAUCGUCCUGAGACUCUUCUUCCCAGUUUCCCAUAAACCCAGAAAAAAAUCUCAGCAGAUUAUCAUCUUUCUCGUCCACUCACUAACAAAAUCACAGAACCUCCAUAAACUUUAACAGUUGAAAGCUUCAUCAGUCAAUCACCUUAUGUAAAAUCUUUAUGUGUUGCUUAAAGAAUUCGUAAACUAAAAUCUUAUUGAAAUGGCCAUUUUGGCUACACUACCAGGGAACCACCACCACCUUUUCUCAAACUUACCCACCACCCCGCCACCACCGUCGUCCUCCAAUCCACCACCUCCGCCGCCGCGUCCACCCAUCCCAAUACCCAAAUAUCCUCCCCUCUCAAAAUCUAGAAAACCCCUGACUCCCAAUUCUCCAGAAAACCCAGGUUUCAAAACCCAUCACCAUAACUCCAAGUACUACAAGCCAGUCAAGCCUGGCCAUGUCAUUGCCGACGACGGCCACCGGUCAGUCGUCGUUGGGGAGAAUGGGGUCUCCUACCGCCUCCCUGGAGCCCCAUUUGAUUUCCAAUUCAGCUACUCUGAAACCCCACAAGCUAAGCCUUUGGGUAUUAGAGAGCCGGCGUUUUUGCCAUUCGCUCCGCCGUCUAUGCCCCGGCCUUGGACCGGAAAAGCUCCGAUGAAGAAGUCCAAGAGGAAUAUUAAGCUAUUUGAGCAGAAGGGUAUCACUCCGUUGGGCAGUAAUGAAGUACACAGAGUGAGACAUUAUGAGUUGUUGAAAGCUUAUGAAUUGGGGCAGUAUACUAAUAAUAAGCCUAGAGAAAAAGUAUUGGGGGCGCCUUUAACCAAGUCUGAGAUUAGGGAUCUUUUGAAGCCUUGCAUUUCCAGCAACAGACAAGUUAAUUUAGGUCGGGAUGGAUUGACACAUAAUAUGUUGGAGUUGAUACAUACACAUUGGAGAAGGGAACCUGUUUGUAAAGUUCGCUGUCUAGGGGUUCCAACUGUAGAUAUGGACAAUGUGUGCCGUUGUCUUGAGGAGAAGACUGGUGGAAAAAUCAUACGUAGAGUUGGCGGUGUCGUAUAUAUUUUUCGUGGUCGAUAUUAUAACCCCGGCACAAGGCCCCGGUUGCCUGUAAUGUUAUGGAAACCAGCAACACCUGUUUAUCCAAAGCUCAUUCAAGAUGCUCCUGAAGGUUUAACCAAAGAAGAAGCUGAUGAGUUGCGUAUGAAGGGGAAGAAAUUACUCCCAAUUUGUAAAUUAGCCAAAAACGGAGUAUAUGUCUACCUGGUGAGGGAUGUCAGAAUUGCUUUCGAAGGAUGUGCGUUGGUGAAGAUUGACUGCAAGGGACUUCAUGCCAGUGAUUACAAGAAAAUUGGUGCUAAGCUAAAGGAAUUGGUUCCUUGUGUCCUGCUAUCCUUUGAUGAUGAGCAAAUCUUGAUGUGGAGGGGUAAAGAUUGGAAGUCAAUCUACAGUUAUGCUGCUCCGGCCAUAGGCCCUAGUAUCGAUGAUAUUGCAGAUCGUCCGAAUGUGUCAGAUUCUACUGCUUGUGAGUUCCAAAACUCUGAUCCAGUACCAGUGAAUUCAAGCCCUAAAAUGAUGUCCUUGUGGAAAAGUGCAAUUGAAUCGGGGAAGGCGUUAUUGCUAGGUGCCACUAACCUUGAUCCAGAUGAACUGUUGGAGAAAGUAGAGGAAUUCAACAGUGUUUCACAGGUGGUCGAGCACUCAUAUCCAGCAACGAUCGUGUCUGUUGAACAAGCUCCUCUUGAUUCGAGGGAUCAACAGGAUGGUGACAUUAUGGAUGAAGAAUAUCCAAGCGACGAAGAUGAAAACUGGCCAGAAGAUAAAAUUCUCAUGAAUAAAGUGUUCGAUGGGGUAGAAUCAUAUGUUCCUUUUGGAUCAUUGCCUAUUGAUUCACUUACAGAACAAUUCAGUGACACUGAAUAACAAUGUAAUGCUUUUAUGUAAAUUAACCAGCAAUAUAGAGAUGUACAGCUCUAUGAGAUGUCUUUCUUUCCAUCUCGUCUAUUUCUGUCAAUGGCAGUAAUAUUAAUAUUAAUAGGAAGAGGGUUUUUUCCAUUUUGUACAUGAUCAUAUUAUUACUAUAUGCAUUAACGAAACCAAAGUCUUCCAAAAC